UUUAUCAUAUAGUCGUGUAACAAAAGUCAGACAGGAAUGGGAUUGUAAAGUUGUGCUUGUUGUACAUUGAACGAAGAUUUAAGAUAACUUUGAUGUAUUAGUUAAUUGUUGUUGCAUCAUUGUUUUAUAUUCUUAGUUCAGUUGUAUUAGGAGAAUUUUUAACUGUUGAAUUGUUGCCAAUAUCUGUCCAAGAUGGAUGAUUAGAAUUAGUACCCAUUGUCAGUGCAAGUGCAUUUUAGUUUGCUGAAUUUCAGUGUUGUGGCUUUGUGGUUUGCAGUGGAUUUGAUAGAAAACACUUAAAAUGUCUAAUCCAACACCAGUAUUGUCUCUUUAUGAUUUAAGCACGAAAGCUGUGAUGAACUGUUAUAAUUGUUUUAAAAAUGAUCCAGAUUUUAGAAUUCUGCCUGAGAAUAUUUUAUUUGAUGUCUAUUAUAUGUUUUAUAAAGAAAACCGGCUUUGUCACCUGGGAGUUGAAUUUAGCGAUUUAGAUGUGUUUGCACGAAUGCUCAGAGUCACAAAUAAACGAUUACAGUUACUGAAGAGUUUUCAGACCCUUAUGGAUCAUGGAACGCAGGUGGCAAUGGAACUGUCCAACAGUUACUGCAUCAGAGCGUCCAAACAAGAAAUGAUACCACAACAGAAAAUCACUGUCAUCGAUCUCGGUAUCAGUUUGGGAGGGUUUCUGAGUGAAGCCGGCUGGUUCUUUGAGAGUGAAAGGGUUCUAUCGAUGUGCUGGUCCGUCUGCGAGAAAUUGCAGUCUUGCUCCCAGAACUGCUACACGUGGCGCAAGUCUCUGGAGUGUUGUCACAAGUUGCUGCACGCACAGGCCGCCUACUCCAUGAUAGAAUCUGCGGAUCUCACCAGGUACCAAGCUGCGGGACUGGUGGAAGAGCUGUUAGCCGCAGGAGAGACCAUGAACCUCGCAGGCCUCUACACAGAGUUCUCUCUGCAUUCGUUCUUCAAGAGCAACUACGAUGAGGCGUUCAAGUGCAGCAUGCAGGCCAUCAAUGAACUGACAGAGCAGUGCAGCCCGCGUGUCAUCGUGGAGACGCUGAGUCAGGCCAGCAAGGCGUGUAUCGUCAAGCGCGAGUUUGUCAAGGCACGAGUACUUGUCACGCAGGCAGUGUAUCUUGCCCGGGAUGUGUACGGCCCGAGUCAUCCCAAGUUCGCAGACACACUGCUCGACUACGGCUUCUACCUGCUGAACUCCGACUGUGUGAAGCAGAGCGUUGCCGUCUAUGAGGAGGCUUUGGCGCUCAAGAAAGUGUUGUAUGGACAGUACAAUCUACACGUAGCCGUUGCUCAAGAGGAUUUGGCAUACGCUCUCUACGUGCAUGAAUACAGCUCUGGCAUGUUCAGACUGGCAAGGGAAAAUGCAGAGGAGGCUAUCAAGCUGAUGAAGCAGCUGUUGCCUGCGGAACAUCUCAUGUUGGCGUCGGCACAGCGAGUCAAGGCCCUCAUCCUGGAGGAGAUUGCUCUGGAUAACAUCCCCGGCACCAAGCUGUUGUCUGAGGCAGAGAAACUACACAAGGACGCAUUGAGACUCGCCAAGCUGUCGUUUGGUGAGGAGAAUGUGCAGACUGCCAAGCACUAUGGUAACCUAGGACGCCUCUACCAGAGCAUGCGACGGUUUAAGGACUCGGAGCAGAUGCACCUGAAAGCCAUAGCCAUCAAGGAGAAGCUGGUUGGCCCAGACGACUACGAGGUGGGACUCUCCGUAGGUCACCUUGCCAGUCUCUACAACUACCACAUGCAGGAGUACCGCAAAGCCGAACAACUGUACUUCCGCUCCAUCAAGAUCAACCUCCAGUUGUACAGUGACACCUACUCAGGUCUAGAGUACGACUACCGAGGACUGAUCCACGUGUACGACAAGCUGGGCGACGCGGACGGCGUGGCCGAGUACACCGUAAUGCUCACACGGUGGAAGGAGUUACGCGAACGCUUGGCACUCAAGGAGUCCUGCCCCCUGUCUCUGGACGAGUGCCCCAAGCCACUGUCCUACAUCAAGCAACUCAUCGCCUAAACUCGUCUCGGACUCCACUCAGGACGUAAAACUCACUCAGCUCUACCGUGUAACGGUGAACCGGAAGGAAUGUGGACUGUACAAAAUUUACUGCCUCUCUAAUGUCGAUGGAAUGGUAGUACAUAUGUAAUGUUUGUUGUUUUAGCUGUAGACACGAAACUGUUUGUCACUUUUAUCCGAAAAGAUGCUGGUUGUUUAGUUCUUAAACUCUUUUUGCAAAUAGUUUUUCGAUUAUUGUAGGACGAGUUCUAAUUUUAACUUUUUUUACAUCCGAAUCUAGAGUUUUUUACUUUUGACACAAUCAAAAACACAGGAUUUAGUAUUUUUAAGGCAUAGUAAUUUGUAUUAUUUUAGGUUUGAAUUUGCUCCAGUUCUGUUGAUCACAACAUUUGUUUGUAGUAUGAAAAGAAGAGUAUAAAUGAAAGGAGUAUUUUUUUUUUUCAAUGUUUAAAAUUCGGUUUCAUUUAUAUUUGUGUUAUGCUCUCUCGUAUCCAAGUUCCUCUGACAUUUUAUUACUUUCAGAUCUGUGAUAUACGAAUACUUUUUCAAAUCUUAAUAACACGGUUUUUGUUCUAACCCGUAUUUUCCCCAAGGAAACCGAUCUACUUAAUAUUGUAAUAUAGGAAAAUUUUAAACAGUGGAAAAUACGAAGACCAGUUUAAUGAGCUUUAUGAAGUUUUGUAAAUAAUAAAAUAACAUUCGGGAGUGUCUUGUAUAAUGUAAAUAGGCCUGUAAAUAUGUAAGGUUAGUGUCCGGUUUUAUCGUGUUUGUCUACCAUUAAAAUAUCCCUAGUGCAGUCGGUAACUGAAUGUGCGUGUUACGGUUUGUUACGAAAGAACUAUAGAAUAUUGUUUCAGACACUAAUUCCUGACACAACUAAAUAAUUACUUAAAUAAUUGAUAGUUACGAUAGUGCUGCGGAGUGUUUAAAGUAUGUAAUUAACAAUGUUUUAAACUAGUUUUAAUAUAAAAUUUUAUAUCAGUAUUACGAUUAAUUGAUUCUUUUAAAUUUUAAAACUAUUACACGUUAAAAAUGACUGACUGGUAAGAAGGGAAUAGUUUCGGUUUGUUCAAGUUAAUCUAAAAUGAGAGCAAAUGAAUGUAUAUUGAAACAGUUGAAGGUAAAUAAAUAUUAAAUUUAGCCGUAGUUUCCGUUGUAGUAGAAAGAGCUUAGUUCUGGAAUAAAGUUUUUUGUUACCUUGUUGAAUUUACUUUAGUUUAAUCUGUUGGAAAUUGUAAAGAAUUACAUUUCACUUUGUACGUUUGACAUAGUUUCUUAUGUGCUUAGCUUCGUAACAUUAAGAUUUCCUAAUAUUGUUUAUUCAACCCCAGUAAGCUAGGUUUUUUACAAUUUUUCUUAUCAUACUUGUAUUAUAUAUUCAAUAUUAUUGUGAAUGUUCUUUUAUCAGUUGACGAUUGUAUUAUUGUGAUUAGCCUCUCGCUAGGCACUCAGUUCAAGUUGAUAUAAUUGUUUCGAUUAUUGUUUAGUUCCAUUCCAACUUAUUUGUUCUUUUUAUUUUGUAUUGUUUAGACCAGUAUUAUGUUGAGAUUGAGCACAAACGUGUACUUUAUAUCUUUCUUUGUCGUUAGUACAGAUCCACUUUAAACAUGGCUUCGUAAUAUAAAUAAAAAUUAUUUUGCGUUAUAUAA